GAAGCUCAUGGGGCACGCUGGGGUGGACUAGGUUGGGGAUGCUUGGGGGAUGCAAGAGGGAAGUCUGUGUGCGUGGAUAGCCCCAUACUCCCCCAGGGAUAAUAACAAUAUAGACAUAUUAUGUAGACUACAGUAAUAUUAAAAAGGAUAAAGGCAUGUUGGCUUAUCAAAACAAAAUGUUUCAAUGCGGGGGUGGUGAUAGCUUAUGAUGUCUGCGAUUGUAGCCCGUAUUUAAUAAUAUGACUAUGACUGAUAUGACUAUUGCUAAAUGACUGAUUUCACAAUAACUGAUCUAACAGGUCUAACAGCAUCAUUAGAAGUACCAUUGCUUGAGUUGAGUAUACGUAAGGAUAGGAUACCCAGAGCCAGCGCCUUCACCUGUCGUGCAGAUGUAAUAGCAGGUUCAAAGCAACAGUUUCGCUUUCCUUUCUGAUGAAACGAGACUCCGGGUAUAUCCAGUAGCCUACGCCUCUUGGGCUCAAGUGGGAUGACAGCUCGUCGGACGAAUGCAGAAAAAUGUCGUCUCCGAUCGACCUCUCUGUUAUAACAAUCCUCUGUCAAAACCAAGGAUGUUUAGAGUUUAAAAAGCUUAAUCAAGUUUUACAACGAAAAAUGGCAGUCGCAGAACAUGUACUGUUUAGAGAGCUCUUGGACGAGAGUAAAUUCCUAUUAAUUGAUGGUAAAGAGAAGUCCAUCAAUCCUACAGGCAUUCGACCUAACUGUCUGGUCAUUGCUAAAACAACGUUACGAGUCUGUCAAAAUCUCCAAUGCCUUCAUUGUGACAGUUUUCUACACUUGUGUAGGUAUUUUGUCUGCGGGAAUUGUCGAUUUGGGGCCAAAUGCAAACACCCACACAGCUUUGACUCCCCGGCGAACAGGGCGCUUCUGCAGAAAACGGGUUUGAGUGAACUAGGUGUAGGGGAGUUGUGUUCCCUACUCCUACAGAAUGAUCCGUACCUGCUGCCUGAGAUAUGCUCUCAUUACAACAAGGGCAAUGGGGUACACGGCUCCUGCAGAUUUCAAUCGAAGUGUACCAGUCUGCAUGUGUGCCAGCACUUCCUUCUGGGGGACUGUAAGUUUGGGCCCGCUUGUAAGAGGGCACACAUGUUUGACGCAAGCAGCGUGAAGAUCCUCAACGGCAGAGGCUUCAGCCCAGAGAACAUUCGAAACCUCCAGCUGAUCUACAAGAACCGGCUGCUGAUGAGUGGAGAGAGGCCAGUCGCCAUGAAAACGGCCUAUAAGACCAUAUCUUCCCCAGGACCAAAGCUACCAUUUGCGCUACCUGCUGUCAGAGAGCGGCCACGGCAGCAUUCAGGCGCCUCCAUCAGUGAAGCCGACCACAACGAAAUAUGCCUUUACUUCAUCCACAGAGGCUGUAGCUUCAAAGAUAAGUGCAUUCGUGUCCACCACGCUCUUCCAUACAAAUGGCAGAUUUCGGACAAUGAUGGUGUGACAUGGAAAGACCUUUCUAAUCAAGAGGAGGUCGAGAGAGCCUACUGCAGCCCAACCAAUGACAAAGCCCCGGGGGACCGGCCCGUGAACUUCCUCACUAUGACCAGUGCGGGCUCACAGGUCCGGCGUCUGUCCACUGCCUCUUCUGUCACCAAACCGCCUCACUUCAUCCUGACCACAGAGUGGCGCUGGUACUGGGAAGAUGACCAGGGGGGCUGGAAUGAGUACGGAGUCAAGGCUUAUGGACCAGCUGUGGCCUCGCUCACCUCUGAAACACUGGAGAAAGCUUACCUCUGCAGCGGUGACACGGACCUGUCCUUCGAUGCAAAAGAGCAACAGUACACAAUCCACCUGAAAGAAAUGUAUCAACAGAACCAAAAAUACAAAACCAAAAGGGAGGUCCGAAGACGACCCUUUCUUCAAGACGUUCAGACCAAGUUGAAAUGUGAGUCUUCAGAGAGCUCUAGCUCCUCCUCUGCAGAUGUGCCAGCUCACUGGGAUCAAACAGCCCUUCCUAACUUUACCUACAAGCUUGUUCCACUCUCAGCCUCCUCUGAUGACUUCCAGAAGGUGGAGAAGAUGUUCAAAACCACAAUGUCCAACAGCACUGUUCAGAGUAUCAGAAGGAUACAGAAUCGAUCACUUUGGAAAGUUUUUCAAUGGCAGAAGGAGAUCAUGAGGGAGAGGAGUGGGGGCAAGGCGGUAGAGGAACGCCUGCUGUUCCACGGCACAGACCACUCUCUGCUGGAGGCCAUCUGUGAGCAGAACUUUGACUGGAGGAUGUGCGGAGUCCACGGCACGCUCUACGGAAAGGGAAGCUACUUUGCCAGAGAUGCUGCAUACUCGCACAACUACUGUAACUCCACCAGCAGCAUCAAGAUCAUGUUCGUGGCCCGGGUGUUGGUGGGACAAUUCGCCCGUGGCAUCAGCCGUUAUGUGCGUCCUCCAGCUAAAGGAACUGCCAAGGGUCUCUACGACAGCUGUGUGGACAACGACAGCAAUCCCGCCAUUUUUGUCAUCUUUGAGAAAUAUCAGAUUUACCCAGAGUUUGCCAUUGAGUACAGGUCCUAGACCUCCCAAUGGGUCUGGUGUUUGGUGGGAGUGCCAGAGCAAGUUUCUGAAUGAGGUGGUUUGAUUUAUAGUUCCACAUGUGUAGCGCUUUGAUGGAUACGAAAAUGUCACUCAGUAAGGGAAGAUAUGAGGCUCUGUGCUGAAGGGCAGGAUACUGGCCGCCUCCUCAACAGUGUGUACAAAAUAUAAUUGUACUUUGAUGAGCAGCACAUGUACAGAAGCUCUGGUUGUGUGACUAGGUUAAGUUUAGUUUAACCGCAUACUACUCCAUGAUAUGAUAAAGCAUGAAGUCACAUCACUGAAAAAAAACAUUGUAUUGCUAUUAACACAACUAUUCUAGAUAUUUUUAAGUUUUUUUUUUUUCUUUAAUGAAGAUGUUUCACUCAGACGACAGUGCUUGAUUGUACACUGGCUUAACCUUUACCAUGGUCUUCCCUAGUGGAGACACAGAGCUGUUGGUGGACUACUACUGAUCUAUGAAGUCACUCAUUUCAUUUCUCAGAAGCAGCACUACAGGAGAAUACUGAACCCAUUAAACAGCAUUUAUCUAGUGCUUAUUUAAGAGAAUGCCCUCUGUCAGCUGGUCAUUAUGGACCUUUGAUGAAUGCCCAAGCUGAGGGAGCAUAGGAAGUGUUCAAGCUUUUAACUGGUUUGUUCAUGGACCAAAAGGGGCCAAGCCUACCAUCCUUUUGUGUUCUAUGGACCAAUAUAGAGGAAGAGCUUAACUCCCAACCUUCUUUUGAAGGGUUUGAGUAUCGUUGUGUUGUGCUGGGAGUAUAGUAAGGCCCUUGUGGACCUGAAAAGUCAACUAUGUUUAAACUGAUAUUUGUGAGGUAUUGUUUUAUGUGUAACAUUCAGCUUUUUAAAGAUUUGCUUCCCAAUAUAAAUCAACAUAGCCAUUACAUUCCUAAAUGAACUAUUUGUCCUGUCGUACUAUGUAUGUCUUCAAAGAGGUGUGGUGGUUGUGGUCUGCAUUUGUCUUUCCAAUAAGUGGCAUAAAUAAAGAUCAACAACAGUU